AAGUACAGUAUGUCAUUUCUACGUAUAUAGACAUAAAUAUAUACAUUUUAAAUAAGCCAGCCACAGUUGUUUGCAGUUUUUUUUUAAUCUGUGCUAGACCUGACUGCCUUGCCUGUGGUUAGUCCCAAAGACACAUGACCAGAGUCGCCCAUUAUCAAGUUAAGGACACCAUCUGUGAGAAAUAACUUCAGCAGCACAAAUUUCUGUCCCAGUACAUGGAGGAUGUCGGCUCUACUAUAAGCUAUAAGGAAUUAUAACAAUGAGUAUGAGUAUGAUGAUGCACUGAAUUUUAGCCAAUUUUAGGCGUAAUUUUGUUUUUGCUCUAAAUGGGCGCCUUUUAUUCUGGCUGCUGUCCUAUUCAUGAAACUACUGAGGAGAAAGAUUGCAUUUUAAGGACAUCCAGUGGCAGUGAGACAGCAGUGUGUCAUGAGCUGCAGGACAGCAGAUCUGGAGCUGAGAAGGAGGGGAGGACCUGGAGUAGCACUCAAACCUCCAUCUCCACUACUGAGGGGGAAUCAGAUGCUGAAUUAAACUCGUUCAUUAAGAUGAGGAACAAAGUGGACAAAGAUACUGAGGAAUGGGAGAAGCUGAACUAUGAUAUCCACACUCUGAGGUGUGCUCAUAAAGAAGUUGGGACACGUUGGAAGAAGAUCUUGCUUCAGCUGGGUUACCAGAAGGAGGUGGACUCCUUACUGACAGUGAACAGACAAACUGUCCGGAGUGACUGGGAGAAUGUGGAGAAGGCCAAAGAACUGCUGCACAUUGUGUCAGAGGAGACAAGCCUCUUUCCCCGUGGGCUCAGCAACAACAAAAGAUACAUCUUCGUCAUGGAUCGCCUGGUGUCUUUGGACAGUGCUGAAGACUUUGUGCGAUUGGCCAAAGAGAAAUAUCCAAAAAUUGAGUUUUGAGAUGCAACAGAACUUUUGAGUUUGGACUCAUUUGCUCUCUUUGAUGCUUCUUCUGCAACUGUAAACUCACUGAUGUUUUGUCCUGAGAAAUAAAGUUAAAGUCAUUAAAGACAU